AUGCGAACAAAGUAGUCAAUAAAGUUUGAGGUGGAAUAUUGAGAGGAAAAAAUUUCAAGUUGUUGGCGGCAGCGGGGCGGAGGAGAGAUCGGUGUACGUGACAGACCAAGCUGUCCAGCAAAAAGUGACAAAAGCUAAAGCAAACGAUCAGUGCAGCCAUGUCUGUGACUGGGAACUUCUUUUGUAAACUGAGGUCCUUGGCAAUCACUUUGGAGAAGGAGACGACUCAUCUAGACCAAGUAUUCAAUCAAGAAGAGAGUGACUAUGAAGAUGAAUCUCCCAUGAGAGUGCUGCAUGAUCUACGCUCAGAAAUCAUAGGACUUAAGACUGAUAUUCAAGGUACCAUUAACAGAAACGUCGAGAGAGGCGAUGAACUGAAUGCAUUUUUAAAGAUUUGCAGAGUGCUGCAGGCAAGAAACUGUUCAGAUAUCCAUCAGAUUAAAGAUACAUUUCAGAAGUACGGAUAUAAACCCUCUGAACUUGACACAUCAGAAAAUGAGAUAUUUAAUGAAGAUUCCAAACCUGAUGGUGCUGCUGAGAACAACCACAGCACAGGUCCAGCAGACCUUCCUCCUGAUCUUCCAGCAAUGCAGAAGCUGACCAUAUCGGAUCUGCGAGCUCCUCAGUUAUCAGACUUCGGUCUGUCUUAUUACCCGCUGCCCAUAGUGCGGGAACCAAAGAAUGAUAAGUGGCAUGAUAAAGUGCCAGAAGAAAAGCCCAAGCCCUUAUAUAAAGAUAUUCGUACACUAAAUGUGGCUAAAACCCCUAAAUGUGCCCUGACAAGGGAGGAAGACUUUUCACAAAUACAGCACUUUGGAAUCAGUGACUAUAGCAACAAUCUGAACGAUGAUUACACCAUUGCACUUUUCAACAAGAAAAAGGGAAGUGUUGCUGAUUAUUGUACUAAGGAAACAUCACAAAACCUGAAAAGUAUGUUAACUACACCUGCUCACCAGAAAUACAAAAAUGAUUUCUACUCGGACUCUCCCUUGCCCCCAAUGUUCUGCACCCCUGGACUAAAAGUUCACAAGAAAGAGACUUUUGACUCGAACCAACCUGAAAGUAUAAGAGGUGGCUCGGACAGUUCUGAAGAAUGUAGCUCUUCACAAGCCGUGCAUUCAGUCCAAGCACUGGAGAGAGAUAGAAAUGGUGUGAAUUCUCCUCAAGUCCCUACAUUCUGUACACCUGGUCUGAAGGCCCAGAAGAAAGAAAUAAUGUAUGGAGUUGAGAAACCUGUAGAGUAUAAAGAGGUGAAUGUAAUUGGGAAUCUGGACACUCCACCAAUCCCAAGUUUUGAGACAAGAUGGCUGAAGACUGACACGACAAGUUCACAUGACAUCACAGGGCCAAUCCCGAGGCCAGAGAUGUCUCAUACUGUAUACUUGGAGCAGGCUGCACCAUUGGGAAUAAACUCUGAUAAAUAUGGAAACCCAGCUAAGCCAAUGUCUCCACCCAAGAUGAGAGAUUUCACUAUAGGAACACCUCCAAGACCAGAGCUGGCUGCACGUUUAACUGAGGAUGUAUUCAAGAACAGUAUAAAACCAGCGUCUCCUCCCAAGGUCUCCGGGUACGAGAAUCUGCUCUGGACACCCACAAAACCUGAGAUGACAACCUGUAUAACUGAGGACAUUUCACAGCUAUUAUCUCGCUAUUGUGAAAAUAAAACCAAACCAUCAUGGCAAGAUCCACAAGGCAUGUAUACUAGGAACAGAGAUCCAAGAGAUGCAGGGAAUAAAGAGAACAGACCAUGAGUUUGGAUAUCCUGCAGUGGAGAAGCUAUGAACCUUCUGAAGAUUUAUCCCAUCUUGCAUGUCUUGACCAAAACCAUUUUAUGACUUUGAUAUAAACACACCGUCCUUAGGAAUUCAAGAGGACCAAAAGAGUAACUGUUUUAUGAAUGCAGUUCUGCUUCCUCAACGGCUAAAGGGCUGCCCUAUGUCCAUGGCCCUUCCAAAUGGAGAGAACAGAGCCCUGCUUCCAUCUAUUGGUUCUUUUCAUUAUUUUCUGUUCCUAUAAACACUGACAUAAUACUGUAUACCAUAUUCAUUUUUGUUUGAUUCCUCCUCAGAUACCUUAUUAUAGUGCUGAAUGUAAAGUUUUAGAAGAUUUAAUUAAUAAAAUAAUAAUUGUACUUUUGUAUUUAAUAAAUAUUUAACAUGCUGACGUUUAUCAA